AUGAAGCUUAGUACUGGGGAAAUGUUUAGUCACUUACCAGGGGUAUCGUGUUAUUAUCGCCUGAAGAGAAAAGGAAAAUCGGUACUUCUUUGUUUUGGUUUUGUCCUUGGAGUUUCAAUUCCUGUCCUCACAGCUAUUAGCUUCAUGUUUCCAUCUAGUUUUCCUUUACUAAUUAAUCCCAUUCUUCAAAAUAAACUCGCCAAGUUCACAUUUCCACAUUGGCAGUACUAUAGGAGUGCGAGUAGUAUAAGUACAACUACUAGUAAUAUUUUUGAGGGGGAAUGGGUAAUGGUCACUGAUCGGAAACAGUAUUAUCCUCCGGGUUCCUGUCCUUACCUCGAAAGAGAACACGCUUUCGAUUGUUACAGUUAUGGGAGACCUGAUAAUGAGUACCUACAAUGGCAGUGGAAAUCUCUCCAAAUAAAUGCAGAGGGCAGCAAUAGUAUACCCAGCUUCUUUAAUGCAACCGAUUUCUUAGAGAGAUUGAGAGGAAAGAAGUUGGUGUUUGCAGGAGACUCCUUAAAUAGGAAUAUGUACAUGUCUAUGGUGUGCAUUCUUUGGAACGUAAUUCCGGAUAAAAGCAGAAUAGUUAGGCCCUCAGGAGAUUACACUGUAAUAUAUAAGGAUUACAACUGCACCAUAGCAUUUGUGUGGUCUGCAUUUCUGGUUACUCAACGCAAGCUAUUAAAACCAGAACAAGAGACCCUAAGACUGGACUUAAUUGAUGAUGGAGCAGCAUACGCAUAUCGUGAUGCUGAUAUUCUUGUUUUUAACUCAUGCCAUUGGUGGGUUGGGGGAAAAACUAACAAAGGGUAUGAUUAA